GCACAGGUCAGUCCUCACCUCCCCUGGCUCCAUCACUUCAACACUGACAGGAGGCGAAGAUGCAGCGAGGCCUGAUACACCUGAGCCACCUUUUUCUGUGGCUGCUUAUUGGACAAUCCUCUGCGGAAUUGCCCAUGUGCAAAGAGUCAGAUUAUCACUUUGAGUACACAGAGUGUGACGUACUUGGCUCACGAUGGAGAGUUGCAAUUCCCAACAAAGCCGACACAUGCACAGGCCUCCCAGAUCCAGUCAAAGGCACUCAGUGCACCUUUUCCUGUAGUGAGGGGGAGUUCCUUGACAUGCAGAAGCAGCAGUGCCAGAAGUGUGCUGCAGGCACCUACUCUCUGGGCACCGGCGUGGCCUUUGAGGAGUGGGACAGCCUGCCAUCUGGUUUUGUCACCCAUGGGGUGAACACAAAUAGCAGGGCUCUCCACGCAGACUGUUCCAACUCAACCUGGACACCAAAGGGUGAUCACAUAGCCUCAAACACAAAUGAGUGCACUUCAACGCUGUCCUAUGCUGUGAGCCUGAAGAAACCUGGUGUUGUGUCCUUUGAAUAUUUCUACCCAGAGAACAGCAUUUACUUUGAGUUUUUUGUCCAGAAUGAUCAGUGUCAGUCUACAGAGUCUGCAAACCGGUGGAUGAAGAUUUCUGAGAGCAAGUGGAGCAAAUACGAGGUCGAGCUGAGCACUGGCAACAACGUGUUGUAUUGGAGAACCACUACGUACACUGUGCAGGGCAGUGCUGUCAAACCUGUUAUGUUAAGAAACAUUGGCAUCUCAGGGGUGUCCUACACAUCAGAGUGUUUCCAUUGUAAACCCGGCACCCACAGUGCAAAAACCGGAUCUGCCCACUGUAUCCCAUGCCCUGCAGGAACCUACUCCAACAAGGGUGCCACUGUUUGCCACGAGUGUGAAAGCGGCAAAUAUGCAGAGGCUGGUUCAGGGAGCUGCAAACCGAGACCUCCAUGUACAAACAGUGACUACUUCUACACCCACACUCCCUGUGACUCUAAGGGAAAGACUCAGCUCAUGUACAAGUGGAACGAGCCUAAAAUCUGCAAUGAGACUGUGACGGGAGCUGUGAAGCUGCCUGCGUCAGGGAAUAAGCAAACCUGUCCACCAUGUAAUCCGGGUUUCUUUGUCACCAACUCUUCCUCCUGUGAACCCUGCGACAAAGGUUUCUACUCAACUGGAGCAGCCUGUACAAAGUGCCCUGCUGGCACGGAGCCAGUGGUGGGUUUCGAGUACAAAUGGUGGAACACGAUGCCGAAGAACAUGCAGAGCACCAUCUUCCGUCGAGAGUUCGGCAACUCUGAACAUAGCACGGCAUGGGAGGUGGCUGGAGAGUAUGUCUACACCAUCUCCGGAGAUCGGGACACAGACUACAUGAUGCUCACACUCAGUGUUCCUGGAUACAGGCUGCCUCAGUCCAUGGUCAGAGACAGUCAGACAACUGAAAUGUCUCGGAUCACCUUCGUCUUUGAGACCAGAUGUACAGCCAACUGCAAAUUUUACUUCCUGGCAGGUUAUAAUCAGUGGAAUAAUGAUGUGGUGGAGCACUGGACGGGCAGUACCAGCAAACAGUCGUACUCUUACCUGAUCCAGAGCAACAGCACCACGAGCUUUACAUGGACGUUUCAACGAACAGAGGAGUUUAGUGUGGAGAGGAAAUACAGUGCUGAUGUUGCAAAAAUCUACUCCAUCCACAUUACCAAUGUGAUCGGAGGAGUGGCCUCACACUGUCGCCGCUGUGCCCUGAGCUCUGCUAAGGCCGGCUCUGCCUGUGUUCCCUGCCCAGCAGGACACUACAUCAGUUUGACAGGAGUGUGUAAGAGCUGCCCACCAAACACUAUCAUCAGGCCCUAUCAGCCUGUCGAAGAGGACGCUUGUGUUCAGUGUGGACCAAACACACAGGGAAACAAGGCCUACACAGCCUGUCUUAGUGACUGUACGUUGGAUGUGCAGACGAGAGGAGGAGUGCUGCUGCACUACGACUUCACUCCUCUGGCCAACAUGACCGGCUUCCACGGCAGCCCACGCUUCACUGGCAGAGGCUUGAAAUAUUUCCAACGCUUUAAUUUUGGUCUGUGUGGAAAGGAGGGCAGAGUACUGGCUACCUGUGUGGACAAUGUAACAGAGAGCGGCAAAGAGGUCAAAGGUUACAUCUGUCAGUCCACUGUGGUUCCCUCUGACAUCAGGAGUCAGACUAUGGUGUCCUCCCAGCCUUUCAUUAUUGGUGACUCACUCAUUGGUGUGACGACUGACACAACCCUGAGUGGCAUCUCUUCUCCAAACCAGCUGUUUCCCUCUGGGUCCGGCCUGCCAGAUGUCAUAUUCUAUUACAAGUCCAGUGAGACGACUCAGGCUUGUAAACAAGGCAGGUCAGCCACCAUCAGGCUGAGAUGCAAUCCCACAGUGACAGCUAAAGACCUCAUCACACUGCCAAGUAACUGUUCAGAGGGGACGUGUGAUGGUUGUACUUUCCACUUUCUGUGGGAGAGUCAGCAUGCCUGUCCACUCUGCACUAAGAACCACUACAGAGAGAUUGUCAGCGCUUGCAUCCAGGGAAUACAGAGAACCACAUAUGUGUGGCAGCAGCCGUUGCAGUGUUACGGGGGAGAGUCACUACCAGCUCAAAAAGUCAAUGCUUGUGUGACUCUGGAUUUCUGGCUCAAGCUCGGUGUUUCCACGGGAACGAUUGCUGCUGUGCUGCUCAUCAGUCUCAUCUGCUAUUUCUGGAAGAAGACGCGCAAGUUAGAGUAUAAGUACUCCAAGCUGAUGAUGAACUCUGGUGGUAAAGAGUGUGAGCUGCCCACUGCAGACAGCUGUGCAAUUAUGGAGGGAGAGGACGCAGAAGACGAUGUCAUGUUCCUCACCAAGAAAUCCUUCUUCAGCAAAAUGAAGUCCUUCCCACGAGAGAGGACAUCAGAUGGAUUUGAUUCAGUCCCACUUAAGUCAUCAUCUUCACACCAGCAACAAGAGGAGGAAGACUCUGAUGAUGCUUAAUUCAGAGGAUUAACAGAUGCUUCUACCAACGUUCAGAGGAAAUGUUGAAUUUGAGAUAUAUGGUUUGACAUCAAUGUAGCGCCAACAGACGGAGUCAAAAGAAACAGAGGGGGGAUGUUGAAUUAAUUUUAUUUAUUGCAAAAGAUAAAAAACUUCAUGAGGAAAUAUUUUUCAUGUAUUAGGUUACCAAACCUAAUAUUGAAAUACAGAGUCUCCAUAUUGGGGAUUUUCAAAGCCCGAUGGUGUAUUUUAAAAUUAUACAAGAACUGAGGAUAAUGUUAAAGAUGUGUGAGACUUUGUGAAUUCCACAUAACUGUGAGUGUCUAUUUCAUUUUUUUGUGUUUGUAUUAGUUUUUUUCUUUUUUAUUAGAAUAACCAUUUUAUUAUACCGGUUAUUCAAUUUAGUUUGUUUUUUGGCUUUAUGUGAUUUAUGUAUUUGCCACAGCUUUUAAACAUUUUCUACAAUAAAAAUAAUUUAAGAAGGCUUUAAUGCUGCCUUUGCAGAGCAUGAAAAUAACUAUAUCACUUCACAUGACACUCGUGUUACUUCUUUAUAACUUUGUAUGUGUUUUUACUUAAAAAUAGCUCUAUGUCAAAUAUGUUUU